AACAUCUUCAUCCGCCGCCAUCGACCUCUGCGCAAAACUAUAAAAGAGCGAAAGCAUUUAAUCUUCAACCACAUUUCAAAGAUUUGCGGAGUCGGGCUAACAAGAAAUACUUAAAAAAUAUCUUUUUCAAGAUGAGGUUCCUUGCGGUAUCGGUUUUCGCAAUUGUGGUCUUAUUUGGUAUUGUCUUAACUGCGGAGAUGCCGCAAAUAGUCUACAUUCACUACAGCACACCUGAGGAGGCCGAGGAGGCACAAAAGAAAAUUUUAGCUGAGUACGAAGGUGCUACCAUAGUUAUGGGCGAUGACCCAACGCUCACGGUAGCAAAUGUUACGUCAACCUCGGAUAAACCUGAAGCUCCUUCAGAGAAACCUGAUCUCAAAGCUGACGAUAGUAAGACCACAACAACAUCGACAACGACGGAAGCCGUUAAAGAUAAAGAAUAGACCUUUCAAAGAAGAUAGUUUCUAAGUAAAGCUAAGAGUAUUAUAUGUAAUAAAAUUAUAAUAAAUUAAUUUGCCAAUCUAAAGACA